CUUCCGAAUCCUCUACGCCGCAUCCUACUCUUCAAAAUCUACGGCAGCCGAAAUGCCCACCACAUCACCCGCACUAGAUAACCUUCCAUCAACAGCCAAUAUUUGUCUGUCACCAUCCCACCAUAACCGCCCCGCCCCUCAUCACCCCAGUUCCAAAACAAAAAUCAAUUAAAAAAAUCUCAUUCUUAUCCAACACCAAUAAAAAGGUCUUUCCUCAAUAAAGUCUCUCACUAAAAAAACACGCAACACACACACACACAUCACAUGAAAUUCUGAUCGUUUGAAGGAAGGAAAGAUGAAUAUGCAGACCGUGCCUUUGAAUUACUCGGCAAACGCUUUCUUUGUUGAAUCGAAUGGUUUGUGGCAUUGUUCAAAAUCGAGAAGCGGCGGCUCUUGGAGCCCUGCCGUUUGCUGUUCCGUUUCGAGAAACAAUACUUACAUCCCAAAGCUGGAGCCGUUCAGCAGAAACAAGAUUGAUAGAGCCGUUAGAGAGCCCCCUUUGAUUCAGAAAGCUGAGAAUGAAAUCGCAGAUUAUUGUGUGACGCUCGAAGGAGACGACUCUUACAGCUGCUGGCAGGCCUAUUUUGAACUCAAAGAUCUUGAAAAAGAGUCACCCAAGGAAGAGGUGGAGAAGCUGAUAGUGGAAGCAGGUGGAGUAAAAUCACUCAUCAGCUGCGUGCAUGGCGUUGCAGGCAUUCACAAAGCUAAGAAGGAAUGUGUCGAAUUGCGAAAAUCUACAAGAAAUGUGAAAGCAGAAGCUUCUCCCUGUCCGAUCCCGGAUGGAUUGCCCAAGACCUCAGAAGAGCUCGAGGAAGAAGAGAAAGCUCGUAUGCCCGAUUCGCCUUUCACCAGACUCCUCAGAGCUAGAGGAAGAUGCUCUGCUCGGUACUCUCAGCCACACGAGCACGAGACACAUUGACCUUAUAACUCUGUUUCUUUUGUAUAAAGCUUAGGUUAAUAUAGUAGUGAAAUUACAUAUGGUUUGAUUGUAUAGUGAGAUGGGUGUGAUUGAUUAUCUUUGUAAUAUAAUAUGUCACAAAUGACAGGGAAGGUGUAUAAUAUGUUGAAUAAAUAGAGUUUUGUUGAUCA